AUGCUGACCAUCGCACUUGAGUCUUUUCUGGGGGCUGGCCCGGCCAGAGACGGCCACUCCCUGCAUUCACGUGGGGAAGAAGGCUCCGCAGUGAUCAGUCCACUGUCCAAUUUGCAACAAAAAGGCCUGAUCGUGAUUUCUGCACUCGCCUUGCUUUCUAUGUUCACGACCUUCUCGCUUCUGAGCUUCAUUACAUAUCGGUUCAUCUUCUGGCGCCAGUACUAUCGGCGAUACAUUGGUUACAAUCAGUAUGUCGUGCUCAUGUUCAACUUGAUUCUGGCCGAUUUCCUGCAGAGUUUCGGGUUCAUCAUGUCUCUCCGCUGGAUUGCGAUCGAUGCGGUGCGAGCGACAGAUGCCGCGUGUUUCCUGCAGGGGGUGGGGCUUCAGAUCGGCGACCCAAUGAGUGGUCUUUUCGUCCUUGCCAUUGCGGUGCACACGUUCCUGCAUGUCUGCCUCAACUACCAAAUGGAACACCGAGUUUUUGUGAGCAUGGUCGUUGGUCUCUGGGUCUUUGGGGUGGUAAUGACCAUUAUUCCUAUCGCUGCACAUGGACGAUACGUGUGGUAUCCUGCGGUGGCCUGGUGCUGGAUGACUCCCGAAUACGAAAAUAUGCGACUGUGGACGCACUAUGUCUGGAUUUUCGCCUCCGAAUUCUUCACGGUUUCACUCUACGCCGUCAUGUUCAUCCAACUGCGCCAAAAGAUGUCUGAAGCGGCCGUCCUUGGCGAGCACAAUUCCGAGAGUCUGCGUCGGUUGAAAAGGGUCAUCAUGCACAUGGCUGUCUAUCCUGUCGUCUACAUUUGCCUGACCCUGCCAUUGGCGGCCGGUCGCAUGGCGUCCGCGGGGGGUCAUUCGCCAAGCGUGCUUUACUUCUGUUUCGCGGGCUCCAUCAUGGCAUGCUCAGGAUUCUGCGAUUCUUUCAUGUACGUCGUGACCCGUCGAAGUGUGGUGGUGGAAUCCGAGGCCCGAGGAAGCAGCAACAAGCUCUCCAGUCGGCGAAACAAGUCAUCGGCCGCAAAUCAAUAUGCCACGAGCGCGGAUCCGAAGGGACCGACGUCAACGACAAUUACCCGAGGCCGCAGUGAUUCCACCGAGGAGAUGAUUGGCAAAGGGGGCCUUGAGCUGGCACCCAUGGGCGUGGUCAUGCAGCAUACGACGAUCGAAGUCACAACGGAGAGCGCAUACGAACCGACUCCCAGCGAUAUAGGCCCGUCAAAGCGACACAGAAAUAGCAUCAUUCGUCCCUGA